AUGACAGACAGACAAAACACUGGCGAUAGAAGAUACUACGACUCGCCUGAAACCAGAAAUAGAAUAGGAAAGUCUGCAAGAGUGGUGCUUAAGGAAUGCAAUGGAAAUAUAGACAUGUUUCUCAAGAAAAUAAAAAAGAUAAACAUCGAAAUGUCUGAAAAGCGCAAGGAUGAGAACACAAGCGAAUAUAAGAAAGAAAAUAUAUAA